GGGCUGUAGCGAGGACCCACUGAGACUACGGCAGGGAAGUUCUGGCAACCUGGCUGUGCUGGAUUGAGGUAGAGCGUUUCUCUGACACCUGAAGCCUGUUGUUGGCACCUGUGUCUUAGAUUCACAGGUGCAGUGGGAGAUCCCCCAGGAGUGAGCAACUCCGCAAAUCCUCUGAGUGCAAGGCCAUGGCUCAGAAGGUACCCGCAAGCGACAGCCUUAACAUCCCCUACGAAGACCUAGCCUCCGAGGUGACCAGGCGCAGAUCUACCAUGCUCACCAGGGAAGAGACAUCAAGCAAGAAAAGCUGCAAAGCCAAGGAGGGGCUCUCUAAUUCUGAUUCUGAUUCUAAAGAAGUCCCUCAUCCUAGCAAGGCCUACCCCACGGUGCCCCCAGCCCCACCUCCUUCUCCAGCAGAGGAUUCCACAGACCCCUGAGCACAGAAUACUCCAGUCUUUUUGAAGUGGCCUCUUACACAGAAUUCCAGACAAGAGUUUCACUGACGUCCUGGUUAUCUUUGAAGGCUGCCUUGGAAGAUCUUUGUUCUUCCCACUCGUACUUCUCCCAGAGCCACUGUUGAGUUUGUUUGUCCUCACUA